AUGUACUCUAGAUGUGGAGUUUUAGCUUAUGGGAUUAAGGUGUUUGAUGAAAUGCCUGAAACAAAUCUCGUUUCUUGGACUUUGAUCAUUUCAGCUGCAGUUCAAAGUGGGGAAUUUAAAUUGGCUUUGGACGUGUAUUUGGAAAUGACAAGAAAUGGGUUGAGACCUAAUGAGUUUGCUGUUGGAAGUGUUAUGAAAGUGUGUGGUUGUAUGGGAGCCACUGACCUUGGUUUGUCUAUUCACGGUUUUGCUUUGAAAAUUGGAAUUGAAACGAACCCGUUUGGGGGUUGUUCUAUUUUGAAUUUCUAUGCUAAGUUGGGAAAUAUUGAAGGGGCUGAACAGAUGUUUGAUUGCAUAAAUAGUGUUGAUACUGGCUGUUGGAAUGCUAUGAUAGGAGCAUAUGCACAAUGUGGGUUUGGUUUUGAAGCUUUGAAGUUUGUAUCUUCAAUGCGAUGUAAAGGAAUAAAUAUGGACAAAUACACCUUUAUCAAUGCUCUUCAGGGGUGCUCUGUUGUGGGUGAUUUAAAUACCGGAAAACAGAUGCAUGGAUUGAUUAUUCGCAAUGAAGAGGAAUGUAGCAUCUCAGUGAUGAAUGCUCUUAUGGAUAUGUACAUAAAAAAUGGUGAAAUGGAUUCUGCUUUCAAAAUUUUCAAAAGGAUAUCUAAUAAAGAUGUUGUAUCAUGGAAUUCUCUCUUUGGGGGGUUUUCUGAAUAUGAUAAUCUAAGAGAAAUUGCAGAGUUAUUCCAUGAGUUUCUGCUAUCUGGCAUAAGGCCGAGCCAUGUAACUUUCUCUGUACUGUUUAGACAAUGUGGAGAAGUACAUGAUCUUAAAUUUGGGCUUCAGCUGUAUUGCCUUGCACUGCAUUUUGGAUUUCUUCAUGAAACAAAUGUCACAAGCUCAUUAAUCUAUAUGUUCUGUAGGUGUGGGGUUGUGGAGAUGGCGUGUCUAGUUUUUGACAACGUACUUUACAAGAAUAUAACCAUUUGGAAUGAGUUAAUCUCAGGGUAUAAUUUCAAUAGUUGUGACAUGGAAGUUCUAAAGACAUUUUGUAGUUUAUGGCAGUCAGGUUUUGAAGUAAAUGAAUUUACCUUCUUCUGCACUUUGGAGGUUUGUUGUAGAUCUGAAAACCAACAAAUGGGUAGACAGAUACAUGGUGUUGUUAUUAAGUCUGGUUUUUCUCAUUCUGGAUAUGUUUGUAGUUCUUUAAUUAAAUCUUAUGUUAAAUUUGGACAACUAGAUGAUUCUUUUGAGUUCUUUAAUGGGCUUGAGAGAUUAGAUACAGCAUCCUGGGCGACCAUGAUAUCUACAUUGGUGCAUCAAGGCUAUAACUAUGAUGCACUCAGAUUUUUCCACUACUUGAUAGAAUCUGCUGAGCAGCUUGAUGAGUAUAUUUUGGGUAGCAUUCUAAAUAGUUGUGCCGACACUGGAGUUUAUCAACAGACUAGAUCUAUCCAUCCAUUUAUUAUCAAAUUGGGAUUUGAUGCUGAUGUUUUCGUUGCUAGUGCUGUUAUAGAUGCUUAUGCAAAGUGUGGGGACAUUAAGGGCGCUAAAAUGGCUUUUGAUCAGUCAUUUAAAUCCACUGAUGUGAUUAUAUAUAAUAGUUUGAUUAUGGCUUAUGCUCAGCAUGGUCUUGUUAAAGAAGCAAUGGAAAUCUUUGACAAAAUGAAGUUGGCCAAUCUAAAGCCUAGCCAAGCCACCUUUGUUUCAGUUUUAUCAGCCUGUAGUCAUAAGGGUCUUGUUAAACAAGGAUGUCUUCUGUUCAAAUCAAUGACCUUACAAUAUGGAGUAGAACCAUCUCCUGAUAAUUAUGGUUGCUUAGUGGAUAUGCUGUCAAGAAAUGGAUACCUUGAAGAUGCUGAACAUGUAAUUGAGGUAAUGCCCUUUCCACCUUGGCCUGCUGUUUAUAGAUCCUUGAUUAGUGGUUGUAGGAUACAUGGCAAUAGAGAAUUAGGAGAACGGACUGCUAAGAAGUUACUUCAGCUGCUUCCUCAAAAUGAUUCUGCUUAUGUAUUGUUGUCAAAAGUGUAUUCUGAAGGUGGCAGUUGGGAAGGUGCGGCAAAAGUGAGGAGGGGUAUGACAGAAAAACAAAUUCUGAAAGGCCCUGGGUAUAGCUGGAUUGAGACAUUGAAUCCUUGAGGAACUCUUAUUUGUCCAUGUUCUAAAAGCUGUUCGGCCACUGGGAAUAUUAGUUUAUUGGGCUGAGGUCUUUCAUAUCAAUUUAAGCAAAAUUUUGGGUGAAAAUUUUCUUGGUUUACGAAGUCCAGUUAUCUUUACAUGUGAUGGAAGAGCUGCUUGGACACUGAUGAUUCAAAUUUAUCUUGAUGAUUGGUUCUUUGGAUAGCAUUAUUUCCCUUUCUGUGAAGAAACACAGCAUGACAGAGAGGAGUAAGUGAAUGUAUUUUUGAACGACAUUGUAUCUUGGAACACUGCAAUGUCGCCAUCGGGAAUGGCCGGUGCAGAGGCCUUUUUAAUUUAGUUGAAACCAAAAUUCCAGUUGGUUGAAUUGUUUGGACACCAAGAAGCUGCAGGUGAAUGAUACUACCUAGCAAGUGAGUGUAAGCAGAGGUCACAAGCCCUUGGCAAGUACAACACUGAAGUCAAGGUUGAGAAAAACAUAUGUAAUGCCGAAUGGUAUCGUUUAUGUCGGUAAUCAAUUCAAUUAUGUAGAGUAGAAAAACAUAGGCAAUUUUGAUCCAAAUAGUUUUGUAUUUAGUUCCAUGAUCUAAUGGUUUAGAUACUGGAACAAGCUGUUUCAUGUCAGCCAUGUUAGUUGCUGGAGAUGCUCCAUUAAUAUGAAAAAUUUAGCUUUUUUUUUUUUU